AUGUUUGACGGCUUCGAACCCUUCCGCAUCAAGACCUCCACCGAGCCGGAGGUGACCAUCUCAGGCAUCCGAAGCCCCGGCAGCAAGGACCUCCCGGCCCUGCUUCUCCUCCAUGGCUUCCCGCAAACCCACCACAUCUGGCACCGUGUGGCCUCACAGCUGACGGACUCGUACAACGUCGUGCUGCUGGACCUCCGGGGCUACGGCGCGUCGUCCAAGCCGGCGGGCGAUGUCUCCAACUACGCCAAGUCCGCCAUGGCGCGGGACUGCAUCGCGGUCAUGGACGAGCUGGGCUUCGGCACCUUCUUCGUCUGCGCGCACGACCGCGGCGCCCGCGUCGCCCACAAGCUGUGCGUUGACUUCCCGGAGCGCGUGCGCAAGACCAUACUCCUCGACAUCUGCCCCACGCUGGCCAUGUACGAGGCCACCAACCUCGAGCUCGCAAAGUCGUACUUCCACUGGUUCUUCCUCAUCCAGCGGAGCCCGCUGCCCGAGACGCUGAUCCUGGGGAGCCCGCGGAUGCUGGCCGAGAUGUUCAUGGGCGGGCGGCAGCGCGACGGGACGGCCAUCUUUGCGGCCGAGUGCUUCGAGGAGUAUGUCGCCAGUCUGAGCGAUCCCGACACCGUGCAUGGCAUGUGCCAGGACUACCGGGCUAGCGUGACGCUGGACAUGGAGGAGCAGAGGCGGGACUUGGCUGAGGGGCGGCAUAUCAAGUCUCCUCUCAGGGUGCUCUGGGGUGACGUUGGCGUCAUCGAGAAGGCAUUUGAUGCUCUUGCUGAGUGGCGCAAGGUCACGGACGAGGGGGUGAGUGUUGACGGCCAUGCCGUAGACUCAGGCCAUUACAUUCCAGAGCAGGCGCCUGAUGUUGUCGUUGCUGAGAUAAGAGAUUUUCUUGUUUGA